CUUCUCACAACGCCAGCUGUGUAUCUGGUGCAUACGCUGCGAGUACUCGAAGAAAAUGGCAGCCAGUAAAAAAUUUUACAAUCUAGAAAACGAAAAGGACAUUGAAGAAAUCCAUAGAUUGUUAUUUGACGAGUCGGACGAUGAGAAUGUGAGUAAAGGCCAAAGUGAAAGUGCGUCUACUUGUGAGACCAGAACGCAAAAAGAUGAUGUAGGCGAAGAAUAUGAUACAGAUGAAUAUGAGACAAUAGAAGAGCGGCAAGAGAGCUCAGAAUCUGAACAGAGCCAUGCUGAUUCAUCUAGCGAUGAAGAGGAUGAGGCUGAUUUUUACAUAGCAACAAGAAAAAAGAACAAGAAAGUUGUUGAGCGGUUUUCCCAGAAAAAAAAAUCCUUUUUCUGCUGCAAAAAGAACCCCAAAGCAAAAUUUAAUUAGAAAACUUCCUGGUGUUAUUGGUCAUGCGAAAAAUGCUACAAGUAUAUUAGAAAGCUGGUCGUGUUUCUUUAGUGAAAACAUGCUAAAUGCCAUUGUAAAAUUUACCAACCAAUACAUUGACUCUGUCAAGGAGAACUAUAGUCGUGGGCGAGAUGCCUUACACACAGACAUAGUUGAAAUGAAAGCAUUUUUGGGACUGCUUUACAUAGCAGGACACUACAAAGGAGGAAGGUUGAAUUUGGAAGAUUUUUGGGAUGCGAACGGAUUUGGCAUCGAAAUGUUCCGUAUGACUAUGAGUCUAAAAAGAUUUAGAUUUCUAUACCAAGCGAUCAGAUUUGAUAAUCGAGAAACAAGAGCAGAAAGAAAAAAGUAUGGUCGCCUCGCACCUAUACGAGACAUUUUUGAACAAUUUGUGGACAAUUGCAAAUCUUUCUACUCAAUUGGUGAGAAUGUCACACUGGAUGAAAAGCUUGAAGCAUUUCGAGGAAGGUGCUCCUUUAUUCAGUAUAUACCUUCAAAGCCAGCGAAGUAUGGAAUAAAGAUUUUCGCUCUGGUAGAUUCAAAAAUGUAUUAUACAUGCAAUAUGGAAAUUUAUGCGGGCAAGCAGCCUGAGGGACCUUAUCAAAUCAGCAAUAAGAGUUUAGACGUUGUCAACCGAAUGAUAGUUGCAAUAAAUAAUUCUGGUCGCAACCUUACUGCUGAUAAUUGGUUCAGUGAUGUUUCCCUUUUGAGCACAUUAGCAGAUAAACGUCUAUCAUAUGUUGGAACCCUAAAAAAAAACAAGUGGCAAAUUCCCAUGCAGCUAAAAGAUAUCAAGCACAGAGAAGAGUAUUCCACUGUGUUUGCAUACAGAAAAGAAGAAACGCUGGUAUCUUAUGUUCCACAAAAUAAUAGUAACAAAAAAAAUGUGUUAGUGAUUUCCAGUAUGCAUUUUGAUGGCGCCAUAGAUGAAGAAACAGGAGCGAAGAAAAAGCCGAAAAUAAUAACAUACUACAACAAAACUAAAAUAGGAGUUGACAUGGUUGAUUAAAUGUGUUCGAUGUAUAACGUGGCUAGAAACACGAGACGUUGGUCUAUGGUGGUAUUUUUCUCAAUGUUAAAUGUUGCCGGUAUACAUGCACAAAUUAUACAUCUGGGUAAUGGAUUUGAUAUGCCACCACGUAGAGUGUUUUUGAAGCUUCUUGGGAAAGAACUCCUCCAAGAGCACCUCAUUCUAAGAAGUACCGAGGGAUCUUUGCCGUUAACUUUAUCCUUACGUCUCAAGGAGUUAACAAAAACUAAUACACCUCAGGAAGAAAAUGAUGACAGACAUGUAGAAAGGAAUCUGGAUAACGUUUCUCGUAAGCGAUGUAAACCUUGCCAAAUAGAUAAAAAAACACGCGUAACAAAAUACACGUGUAGGACGUGUGGUUCAUAUCUCUGUUUGCAACACUCUGCUGUCGUGUGUUUGGAAGGAUGUGCUGAAAGAAACUUCAAUGCUGAAGAUAGCGGAUCAGGAUAAAGCAGCUGCAUAUUGUGCAAUCACAUUUUACAUAUUAUAUUUUAUUCGUUUUUUUGGGAUCCAGUUUUUGUUCCAUUUUGUAAAAUGAAGCUUUUUAAUAAAAUAGUGUACGUGGGAUAUAAUUACAGCCCACUUCAGUAAAUUUUAGCAAAUA